AUGUCACAGUUCAUGGAGACGGCAGCGGUGGACUCUGCUCGGGCAGAGCAUGGUGCACUUCUCCUCAGGGAGCUGGACAGGAUGAGAGCCACUGAGGAGCUCACUGAUGUGGUGCUGGUAGCGGAAGGAGUUUCCUUUCCUUGCCACAAGGUGGUGUUGUCUGCGUUCAGCCCAUAUUUUCAGGCCAUGUUUACAUGUGGUCUGAAGGAGACACGAGGAGGAGAGGUUCCUCUCAGAGACACCCCGGCCCAGAGUCUGGACCUACUGUUGGACUACAUGUACAAAGCUGAACUCCCUUUGUCCAAUGAAAACAUCCAAGGAGUGGCUGCGGCAGCGUUUCUGCUUCAUAUAGAUGGGGCCUUCAGGUUGUGUCAAAGCCACAUGGAGGCUCGUAUAGACCCCUCCAACUGUAUUGGUCUGUACCACUGGGCCAGAAGCCUGGGGGCCACGAGCCUGGCUGACUCCACCUUGAGGUACCUCUUCCAGCACUUUGCACAGGUUUGUGAAGAAGAAGAGGUGCUGGAACUGGAUGCUGAAAGUCUUGGGCAUCUCUUGGGUUCAGAUGAGCUCAACAUAUCCCAGGAGGAGGUUGUGUUGGAGCUAGUUCUGCGCUGGGUGGAGAGACGAAGGGGGGACUCUCAGAGCGAAGCCCAGGCUGUGGAGCUGCUCAGGCGAGUGCGUCUGGAACUUGUAGAUCCUGGGUUCCUCCGUAAAGCAAGGAGGAGAAACCCGGUAUUGCUGCGGGAUGCUGAGUGCUUUGGGAUGAUUGAUGCUGCCCUCCAGACUUCAGGUCUUUGUGAGACUUCAGCUCCACCUCGACCAUCUCUCCGUUAUGGCAUGGAGACCACUGACCUGCUGCUCUGCUUAGGUGGGGUGAAUGAAGAAGGGGUCCCUGCUCGGCGUGGGGGUCUCGCUGAUCUUAGUUUUUGCUUUUCCCCACAUGGAAGAAAGACUUACUACAUCCCCUCUCCACUGAGGGGCUGUAAAAGUGCAGGCCAGGUCACGGCGGGGGGAGUGACUCGAGAUAACAACAUUGUUGUGUCCAUAGAAACAGAGGAUGAAAACAGAGCAAAAAGGAUAGACUUUUACAGGUAUGAUGGCUCGGAGGAAAGCAGCUGGGUCGGGCUGUGCUCAGCAGCCUACAGAGACAUGUAUGCUUUAGGCGUGCUGGGUGAUGCCCUCUAUAUAAUCGGCGGUCAGAUGAAAGUUCGCAAUCACUACGUCAUCACAGACAGUGUGGAGAGAUGGUCGCUGAAGAGAGGAGGCAGCUGGCUCAGCUUUGCUCCUCUCCCUCUGCCGUUAGCCUGCCACUGCACCGUCACCCUGAAGGACUAUCUUUAUGUGCUGGGGGGCUGGACACCACAGUACCUGCCUGAUGAUGAGCCAGACAAACUGAAUAACCGUGUGUUUCGCUUUGACCCUGGAAAGGACAGCUGGACAGAGUGCUCCAGCAUGAAGUACUCCAGGUAUCGCUGUGGAUCAGCUGUCCUCAAUGGGGAGAUAUACAUGAUAGGUGGUAUAGGAUGUGAUGGAGAGGACCGUGGACAGUCACGUCGCUGUCUGAGCACUGUGGAAGUCUAUAACCCAGACACAGACACAUGGAGGCCAGGACCAGCCCUGCCUACGUCAUUACUGUCCCUCCGAACCAACGCAUCUAAUAUAGGAGUAGUGGAGGGCAAGCUGUACCUGUGUGGAUUUUACAAGGGGGCGGGCCGUCAUGAGAUCAUCACCAAGGAGAUUCUGGAGUUGGACCCAGCAGACAAUGUGUGGACGGUGGUGGAAAGACGACCAGCCAUGCAUGACAGCUAUGAUGUGUGUCUGGUGGCCAGCCUCAAUCCUCGAGACCUGUUCACGCCCUGAUUAAACGCCUCCUGACUCUGAACAAAUAGUUCUUUAAUACUGAAUUUGUUUAUCUGAUGUUAAACCAACUUACAACAGUUAAGCGGAAUCCUGAAUUUAUCAUAAUCAUUAUCAUCAUUUCCUAAUAUGCAGUCUGGUUAGGCAGUAAUAAUCAGUCUUAUUCUUGCCAUAAAAAUGAUAAAUAUAUGUAUAGUCUGUCUAACUGUAUUGUGGUUGUGUGACCUUUGUUUUCAUGGAGCUGGUGAGGUUUUGACCCUUAUGUAAAUUAAAAUGUUAUGUUUCUUGAUCAUUUGCAGCCUCUGUUAAUUGUUAAGGAUCUGAAUUAACCUUCAAAGACUGAGAAAAUAGUCUGUGGCUAAAAUGUCUUUUUCUCAUAAAUAAACCAUUUGUCCUGCCCAUAAUCUUUAAGAAUUUAGGUA